GUCUCUUACAUUCUUUUGAGUAACAUCAGGUUUCUGAGUCAGUAGACUCACCUUGCUGUGUGAAACUUGUAGUUUUUCGUGUAGUUGUUAAUAAUUUAAAUUAUAGUGUUAGUGGAUACAUCAUACUAAAGAAAAUUUAACAAAUAUGAGGUUGUGGACGUCGCAUCACACUUUCGAUCAUCCCUGGGAGACAGUGGUGAAAGCAGCAUGCAGAAAGUACCCAAACCCUUUAAAUCCAUCUGUUCUGGGAACGGAUGUCAUUGAUAGAAAAGUCGAACAAGGUGUCCUAUAUUCUCACAGAUUGGUUACUACUGAAUGGCGAUUUCCUACGUGGAUAUUACCGUUCUUCGGGCAUCGUGGUCCAUACUACGCUAGCGAAUGGAGCGAAGUUAAUCCGGAAUCAAAGGAAAUGGUAGUCAGAACAGUGAAUAUAAGCUUGGGAAAGCACGUUUCCGUUGGUGAGGUAGUCACGUACUCGGAACAUCCGGAAAACCCGGAGACAACGCUAUUAACACAACAAGCAGUAAUUUCUAUCACAGGGGUGCCCCUUAUUGAUCAUCUCGAGAGGUUACUGACACACACCAUCGAACAGAAUGCAAACAAGGGACGGCAGGCAAUGGAAUGGGUCAUCGAGAAGAUCCAAUCGGAAGUGAAAGAUAUCGCGUCGUCUGCCGCCAAGUCGACAGACGACUUACUCAAUCAGACGCGACGUCAGUUCGAUGACAUCACAAAUAUCACAAAACAGGGCAUGGAAGAUUUCCAGAAUGCUGCUAAAAAAUCGUUCGACGAUUUUCAUAAUUUGACAGUACCACCGCCAUCUCAAUCGAUACCGAAAUUAUAGCUAAUAUAUCGCACCAGCUUCAAUCUCUUUAACUAAUGCUACGAAGAUCUUUGAUGGAACGAUUGAGAAUUAAAAAUGACAAGUUCUUAGGAAAAUACUCGAAGGAAGAUAUGUUUAUGUUACUGCCAGAAUCAUGGGACUGUGAAUAUUUAAUUAACCUUUUAAUGGCAGGCCAUUGAGGCAAUGAUACUUUUAAUUUAAUUUUUGAUUCCUUUUUACUCCAAUUUUCUAAAUUUUACAUUAUUCCUUUAAAUAUUAAUUUUCCACUACGUGAAAGUCUUUCAUUAAAAAAAUUUCAGUGCUUAAUUUUAGUCGAAGCUUCAUUACAUGAGUUUAUAGAUCUGGGUCACGAUUAACCCGGCUCCGCUGUUCGACGAUUAAAGUAAUUAAAAUGGGGCGGAAUGUGUGAUAUUUUUGAACGGGCAAACAGAACUGCAAGUUUCUAUUUGAUUAUAGUGAUUAACACCUUGCAUUGUCAAUCGUUCCACGAAAAUCGUUUAGUGGAAGAGUUGUAGCUGCGGAAAGUAAUAACAGACAUUAGAAAGUUUUGCGAAACAUUAUGAUUUCAUAUCGAACUCGUUUAUGAAUAACUAUACUUUCUAACGAAAGGUCUAAGAAUCUGACGAUAGAUUUCUUACGAGAGAAGAAAAAGAGAAUAUUUAAUAUAGAACAAGAUCGUAUCGCGUUCUUGUGUUUAUGAGAUUGAAUAGUCGGUGGAACAUAUAUCGAAUAGAGGGCUUAUUUUUGAUAAGCUUCGUUUGUGUUUAGACGUCGCACCUAUAAAAAUGCUUCAACGUAAUGCUGUUCACACACAUUAAGAAACGUCAGUGUUUACCUCAUUUCCUUGUAUCAAGCUUUAUAUUUUAUCGUGACUAGAAGUAGAUUCGACUGUGCGUACGUCUCUCGUGGUUGCUGAACAAUACAGCACGUCGAUGUGAACUAUUUAUUUUCACGCGAGACAUUCGCAAUGGUCGUAAAUAUAUUUAGAACAAUUUUAGCUAAUAAUCGUGGCUUCAAUUAUACAGGAGAUAAUAAAAGAAAAGAAACUAA